AUGGGAGAAGAGAAUUCAAAGAGGAAGAGUUCAUACACCAAAGACACAAUCAUCUCGGAAGAAUUAUCUAAGGAGGAUGUUGCUCUUGUUGAUAUCCUCUUCAUGCACGUGCUACAGGACGGUUACAACAUUCCACCUCAAUAUCAUGAUGUUAAGGACUUCUUCUCUCAACUCAUUCGCAGCUGCCUCAAGCUCCACAGUAUCCACCCUGGAAAAAUCUCAUGCAUUCUAUCUGUCAAACCUGCAAUCUUGAAUGCUUAUCGUACCUUGCAUGGAGGAGCAAUUGGAGCUGUCGCCGAGAGGGUGUCAAUUGCCUGUGCCAGAACUGUUGUAGGAAAGGAUAAGGAACUCUUUCUUGGAGAAUUGAGAAUGUCAUAUCUUUCUGCUGCUCCAUGCAAUGCAGAGGUGGUCAUAGACGGGUCUAUCAUUCGGAGUGGAAGGAACAUAACUGUAGUUGCAGUUGAUUUUCGGCUCAAGGACUCAAGGAAAUUGGUCUACACCUCUAAUGCAACAUUCUAUCACAUGCCUGUCGCAAGUUUAUGAACUUAACCUCAAACACAUUAAGUAGAUACAUUUGCUAAACACGUUCAGCAGCUCAUCUAACAUCAUUAGAUGAAUUUGAGACUUAAGA